UCCAGUCAAAAUGGCAUUCGGAGGAAAGCACAGCUUUAUCCGAGGUAGCCGAAACUUCAUAGCAUUGUUCCGAUCGUACAAUAUGGCUGCUGGUGGACCGAGUAUGUGGUAUCAGAAGGAGGUAACGAUAGCCGCAAAGAAACGAGGUUGUCAUCUCAUAUCAGACGAUAUUGUGAAACAGUUUCCUGAAAUAAAAAAGAUAUCCGUUGGACUCUUACACAUUCACAUCAAACAUACGUCGGCAAGUGUGGCCCUGAAUGAAAACUGGGACCCUGAUGUCAGGGUUGACAUGGAAAUGAUGCUCAAUAAAAUCGUUCCUGAGGGAGCUGGUUACUUGCAUUCCUGCGAGGGCUCAGAUGAUAUGCCAGCACAUGUGAAGGCGGCUCUGAUCGGAAGCAGCGUCACAGUGCCGAUCACUGACGGGAAGAUGAACAUGGGAACAUGGCAGGGAGUGUGGCUGUGUGAACAUCGCAACCGUGCAGGUUCUCGUCAUCUGGUUGCAACCCUACAAGGAGCUGCGAAACAAUAGCAAUAUAGAUGUAUAAAGAAGAAUUCCACUGCACCGUUCCAUGGCACAUCGAUCUUUUAGGUGCAUGAAGACACUUGUAUAUAUUCAUGUUUUGUUAGGAUUCUUUGUUAAUGGAUCCAAACGAAUGGUUUGCGUACUUUCCUGUAACUAACAGNUCUGUAGAACAGUUGGCAGUGUCUGACAGUUAAAGUUGAUUGUAUUCUCUCCAUAAAGACACAAGUUCACAGUUGCUUCCUGAAGGAGAAACAUGCUACAACUGGUCUUCAGCAACAAAUGCUUGUUGUAAGAGGCGACAAAUGGGAGUGACCGGCGUGCGUGAUGAAUUGGUUGACACAUGUCAUCGUUUCCCAGUUUUGAAGGUUGAGGCUCAUGACGUCAAUCAUUGGAUUGUCUGUCAUCAUAGCUGGAUUAUUGCAGCAUGUUGCAUAAAACAAAACAAAAAACAACAGUCUGCCGAAUUCUCCUCACAGAGGAUGUCGAAAGAGGUCAAGUUUUUCUUAAACAUUUGAGUUUAUGGUUUUGAAAAUAUAUUAGUAGAGCAUUCAAUUAAUAGCUUAGAUGACUUUGGUAUUUCAUGUUUGCCUGCAAGAUUUUGAGGUAGAAAUUUGGGAAAAAGCAACUGGGGUUACCAGGUAAAACACACAUACAAGAGUUACUUCCCUUGCCUUAUUGUUCACAUUCAACUGACGAAUUUUAUUUUAUUCUGUUGAUGUUCUUGCUUAAUAGCAUUAACAUUUUAAGCGACAGAAUGUAUUUCUGUAUAUAAGUUUAUCACCUGAAAUAUUAAUGACAAAAAUAACUCAUGUUAUGUA